GCCGAGUCAAUCCCUUGGCGAUGGGUCCACUCCGAAAACCGGGGCCGCUUCCCUACCUCGAUCUGCGCUCUCUAUUUAAAGGAAGAAGAGGAUCGUGCCUCCCAUCUCAUCGUGUACCCGGCCGAGGGCUUUCUUCCAGUUCGCAGUGCACCGAUCCGGCCGCCGCCGUCGCCUUUUUACUUGAGAAUUAUGAAUCCACAAGAGGGAACGAAUGGAACACACAAAAGCCUGAUUCCACGGCUGAAUCAAAGAAUCCUAUCCUCACUGUCGAAGAGAUCUGUAGCUGCACAUCCAUGGCAUGAUCUUGAAAUAGGUCCUGCUGCUCCUGCAAUCUUCAAUGUUGUUGUCGAGAUAUCCAAAGGGAGCAAAGUGAAAUAUGAACUUGACAAGAAGACAGGAUUGAUUAAGGUCGAUCGGAUCUUGUACUCGUCAGUUGUUUAUCCACAGAACUACGGUUUCAUUCCUCGCACACUAUGUGAAGAUAAUGACCCCAUGGAUGUUUUGGUUCUUAUGCAGGAACCAGUUAUUCCAGGAUGCUUCCUUCGUGCCAAGGCCAUUGGACUUAUGCCUAUGAUUGAUCAGGGAGAGAAAGAUGAUAAGAUCAUUGCAGUUUGUGCCGACGAUCCUGAAUACCGUCACUACAAUGAUAUCAGUGAGCUACCUCCUCAUCGGCUCGCGGAGAUCCGACGCUUCUUUGAAGACUACAAAAAGAAUGAGAACAAAGAGGUUGCGGUCAAUGAUUUCUUACCGGGGCAAAGUGCUCGUGAAGCCAUCCAUCACUCAAUGGAUCUCUACGCUGAAUACAUCUUACAAACUCUGAGGCAGUGAAAGUCCAAAUCAAAGCCACCAUAUUCUAUUUUGGAAUCAAGAGUUGCAACGACGAUAUUGCACUACUUAUCAGUCUUGAAGCUUUUGUACUACUUGUCAGUCUUGAAGUUUUUGGCGUUGAUUUGUUAUUUUUUUUAUCAUUUCAUCUAACAUAUUAUUGGAUUGCUAAUUAAAGCUAUAGCACAGUGAAAUUUCCAUUUUGCUAAUUAAAGCUAUAUUUUAUUAUGCUUUCAUAA